AUGGAAGUAAUAGACAUAUAUACAGAGGUUUCAGAGGAUGAAGUACCAGUGGAUAACUAUGGGUUCAAGUACAGUUCCGAUAAUGAGCCAUAUAUCGAUAAAAGUAUAGAGCACAAAUGGAAGCAACUUAUGAAAUCAAGUAAAACUUUCCCUCCAAAAUCCAAAAAGACAAAGCAAAUGAUUAGAAAGAAUGGAUUCCCACCUUCCAUGAGAGGAGAAGCCUGGUUCUUCUAUGCUGGUGGUGCAGAAAAGAUGAAAAAGGGCGUAUACCAAAAAAGUUUAAGUGAAACUACUAAUAAGUACAAAGAUGUCAUUGAGAGGGAUCUUUAUAGAACGUUUCCAGACAACAUAUAUUUCAAUAGCAUAGAAAAAAUUACAUUGGAUAAUAAGACAGAAGUUGAAGAUCCACCACUUAUCAAGUCAUUACGCAGGGUAUUAGUUGCGUUUGCUCACUACAAGCCAAAAAUAGGUUACUGUCAAUCAUUAAAUUUUAUAGCUGGUCUUUUAUUAUUGUUUAUGAACGAAGAAAAAUCAUUUUGGAUGUUGGUUAUACUAACGGAGAAGAUUAUUCCUAAUGUACAUCUGGAGAAUUUAGAAGGUGUUCAUACCGAUCAAGGAGUUUUAAUGUUGUGUGUCAAGGAAUACAUACCUCAGUUAUGGCAAGUAUUGGGUAAGAAUUUUGACGGAGAAGCAUUAUCAGAAGACAAAAUUUUAGCACGAUUACCUCCAGUUACAUUAGUUACAUCGUCAUGGUUUAUGUCAUUAUUUGUUGGUGUAUUGCCAGUUGAAACUACAUUAAGAGUAUGGGAUAUAAUUUGGUACGAAGGCUCCAAGACUAUAUUCAGAAUUUCAUUGACGAUAUUGAAAUUAUGUCUCGACUCAACUGAAUUCAAGGCCAAACAAGUACAGCAACAAGAUAUUGGUGGCACAGAAACUGAGCUGAUCGAAUUGAUUCAGUUGUUACAAAAUUUCCCGAAAAGAAUAGCUGACCCGAAUUUGUUGAUAGAUUGUUGCUACAAGAAGAUUGGUGGAUAUGGAUUUGGUUCCUUGUCACAAGACGAGAUAAACAAGUGCAGAGAUUUUGUUUCUAAACAAAGGAAAAGCUUAAAUAAAAAAUUAGAACAACAGAGUUUGACGGGAACGACGGAGGAGGAAAGAAGAAAGUUAAUGAACGGAGAUUUGGAUAUCCAUGAAGUUUAUGGAUUUCAUCGUCGUCCAAUGAUGAGUGGAAUGGUUUGGAAUAAAAACAUUACAAAUAAAAUGAAAAAGAAGUUUAAUACACCAGGGAAAAACGAAAUAGCCUAG